AUGCGAAAGGGUGUAUCAAAUGUCAAAUCUACUGCCCCAUACAAAGCGUACCAGCUGAAGCCCUCCACCCGGUUACUAAACCAUGGCCGUUCAGAUGAUGGGCCGUGGAUAUCAUCUGCAAAAUCUACCCAGCCGCGUCCAACCAGCACGCUUGGAUUUUGGUGGCAACUGACUAUUUCACUAAAUGGGUUGAGGCGGAGUCCUGUUGGUCCAUUUCUAGCACACAGAUUCUGUAUACCCGAAACCAUCACGGCCGAUAACGGCCCAGUUUUCGCAUCAGCCGAGACUCGGGAAUACGCCAAAAGGAUAGGGAUCAAAUUGGUCCACUCGACACCCUACUACCCACAGUCUAUCGGACAGGCCGAGGCGAGCAACAAGGUAAUCAAGAGCAUCCUCGAGAACAUGAUUGAGGAAAAACCCAGGGCGUGGCAUGACUUACUCCUUGCAGCCCUUUGGGCUUACCGAGUCUCAAAACGAUCGGCUACUGGCACAUCCCCUUAUGCCUUAUCAUACAGCCAUGACGCCAUCGUUCCGAUGGAGUUAAAGGUUCGGUCUCUCCGUGUGACCGAACGACCUGGGCAGGAAGGGAAGGACUAUGCGCAAGCCAUGGCUCAGGAGUUAGAAGAUUUGGAGCAAUCUAGACUCGAUGCUCAUAGCCUAAUGCAGGCACAAAAGCCCAUCGGGACUAAGGACCCUCGGCUCGGCAAAUUCACCCAAUUGGGAAGGGCCGUUUAUUAUCGAACGAAUUCUUGGCCGAGGUGCAUUUCAGUUGAGAGAUAG